AUAUGGCAGCCCAGCACCACGCCAUGGCAUCAUGGGUCAAGCCAGUUGCAGCGAGGUCUUCAAAGGUUCUCCCCAGCGCCGCGCCCAGGGCCAGGGUACCCCACGGCCGGCGCCCAGGGCAGCACCACCACUGGUGGAACUCAGACCAUCUGAGGGAACACAGGUGGAUGUGCAAGUGCUGAGGAAUCAGCUGCAAGCCAAAGAGAUCAGCAAAUGCGUCGGGGUUUGUAACCCUCCUCCUAGGAGAGCCUUGCAACUCUUGCGAAACGAUGCCGUUGAUCACAAGUAUCUUCUGCAGCUGCUGGACGCCCGCGGCCUCGAGGGCUCUCCAUUGCCCAACGUCCCCACCGUGGUGGAGGCCCUAGGCGACGCACGCAUCAACGAUGGCGAUGCAGCUGCAGGCGAUCCAGGUACCCUCGAGGUGCCGCCCAGUGCUGCGCCCAGUGCUGAGCAGCUCGAGGAGGGCGAAGUGAAGGAAAGCUCCGCAGCUGAAGCUGCUCCAGGCGCCUCCUAAAAGGUCUAAAAGGGAGACCCGCUGAUAGUGAGCUGUAAUGAAAACUCAUGCUUCCACUGCGCGCAAAAAUUGCAGCAUUUGGAGAUCUUUGGAGUUGAAGAAUUGUUUGGAAUACAUGGCGUUCUGGGUGACGCUGGUAGCCUUGGCAUGGACCUUCUCACCCAGAUCGCUCCAAGCUUGGUAGAUGCCAAUGUGGUGAUGCAACAGAUGGAACAAAUUGGAGAGUAGCUGCCAAAUGGGUGGUCAAAUUCAAGAGAUUGCCUGACCCAGUCCUCAGG